AUGGGUGAAACUGAAGCAGACUACGGCUUGCAUGUCUGGCCUUGCGCCGAGGUUUUGUCCAGCUUUAUUUUGUCGAACGAAGACUUGUUUCGAGGCAAGCGUAUAAUAGAGAUCGGUUGUGGCGCCGCGGUUCCGUCCAUCGUCGCCCUCAAAUCAGGCGCCGUGCAUGUCGACCUGUCUGAUCGGGCCACCGACGAUCGCCUGAAAAAUUUAGCAAUGCUGAAUUGUACGUUGAAUGGCGUAGCGGAGUCGGUGGAUUUCGUGCCAAUGACUUGGAGUCGGUUCGAGAAAACGCUGCUCGACCUGCCGCCGUACGACGUCGUUUUGGCGUCUGAUUGCUUCUAUGAUCCUUCCGUAUUCGAAGAUGUGCUCGUGACGAUGGCUUUUCUUUUGGAUCGCAGUCCGCGGUGUUCGAUUUACUUUUCAUACCAGGAGCGGAGCUGUGACUGGACGAUUGAAUGGAUGUUGGAAAAAUGGCACCUGCAGUGCGAGCGGAUGACCACUUGUUUGUACCCUGCCUCUGUACACAUUGGCCGCAUUACCAGAAAACGAACACGAUAA